CACAAUACAAACGUGAUGCAUAUAAUAUCAUCACCAUCUUCAAUAGCAUCACUUCUCAGAUCAUCAUCAUCAUCGCCGUCUUCUCUCCCAUCAAAACUUUCUCUCUCUAAAAAUUUUCCGUCCCGAUCAUUCACUACAACUUCGUCGCCGUCGUUUCUCCGCCGGAGAUCCGCUCUCAGUGUCACCGCUCAGAUCGGAACCACCGUUACUCCUCUCAUUCAACAGUUUCACCGAAAAAUCUCUUCCAUGGCUUCUGAAAAUCCAUUCAAGGGAAUCUUCACUGCUCUUCCAAGACCUGGAGGUGGCGAAUUCGGAAAAUUUUAUAGUCUUCCUGCUUUAAACGAUCCCAGAGUUGACAAGCUCCCAUACUCCAUCAGGAUUCUUUUAGAGUCUGCAAUACGCAAUUGUGAUAACUUUCAAGUUACACCAAACGAUGUUGAAAAGAUUAUCGACUGGGAAAAUACUUCACCCAAGCAAGUGGAGAUUCCAUUUAAACCUGCCCGUGUUCUCUUACAGGAUUUCACAGGAGUUCCAGCUGUAGUUGACCUUGCUUGUAUGCGAGAUGCUAUGAACAAGCUCGGUGGUGACUCUAAGAAGAUCAAUCCAUUGGUGCCAGUAGACCUUGUUAUCGACCAUUCAGUUCAAGUUGAUGUUGCAAGAAGUGCAAAUGCUGUCCAAGCAAACAUGGACCUUGAGUUUCAGCGCAACAAUGAGCGGUUUGCCUUCCUCAAAUGGGGAUCACAUGCAUUUGACAACAUGCUUGUUGUUCCUCCUGGUUCUGGGAUUGUUCACCAGGUCAAUCUGGAGUAUCUUGGACGGGUUGUUUUUAACACCGAUGGCCUUCUCUAUCCUGAUAGUGUUGUUGGAACUGAUUCCCACACAACCAUGAUUGAUGGAUUAGGAGUAGCUGGCUGGGGAGUAGGGGGGAUUGAAGCAGAGGCAACAAUGCUUGGACAGCCCAUGAGCAUGGUUUUGCCUGGAGUUGUUGGAUUCAAGUUGUCUGGAAAGUUGAAAAAUGGUGUCACAGCUACUGAUUUGGUGUUGACCGUGACCCAAAUGUUAAGAAAGCAUGGUGUUGUUGGAAAAUUUGUUGAGUUCUUCGGCGAGGGUAUGCGUGAACUUCCUUUGGCUGAUAGAGCCACUAUUGCCAAUAUGUCUCCUGAGUAUGGUGCAACAAUGGGCUUCUUCCCUGUUGAUCAUGUAACAUUGCAGUACCUCAAGUUAACAGGAAGAAGCGACGAUACUGUGGCUAUGAUUGAAGCAUACUUGCGAGCAAACAACAUGUUUGUUGAUUAUAGUGAGCCUCAGGAAGAGAAAGUUUACUCAUCAUAUCUACAACUGGAACUAAGUGAUGUUGAACCCUGUAUCUCUGGUCCAAAACGGCCGCAUGAUCGUGUUCCAAUUAAAGAAAUGAAGAGCGACUGGCAUUCAUGCCUUGAUAACAAAGUUGGAUUUAAGGGAUUUGCCAUACCAAAGGAGGCUCAAGAAAAAGUUGUAAGCUUUCCAUUUCAUGGGCAAACUGCUGAAUUGAAACAUGGUAGUGUUGUGAUUGCAGCAAUCACGAGCUGUACAAACACAUCAAACCCUAGUGUCAUGCUUGGAGCUGGUCUUGUUGCAAAGAAGGCUUGCGAACUUGGUCUGGAGGUUAAACCAUGGGUAAAAACAAGUCUUGCUCCUGGUUCCGGAGUUGUUACUAAGUACUUGCUUCAAAGUGGCCUGCAAAAGUAUCUAGAUCAGCAGGGAUUCAAUAUAGUGGGAUAUGGCUGCACCACAUGUAUUGGGAACUCGGGUGAUCUUGAUGAGUCGGUUGCCUCUGCCAUUACUGAAAAUGAUCUUGUCGCUGCAGCUGUACUGUCUGGAAACCGUAACUUUGAAGGACGUGUUCAUCCGUUGACAAGAGCCAACUAUCUUGCCUCACCCCCCUUAGUUGUGGCUUAUGCACUUGCUGGCACGGUUGACAUCGACUUCGAGAAGGAGCCAAUUGGAACUACAAAGGAUGGAAAGAGUGUGUAUUUUAAGGAUGUAUGGCCCAGUAAUGAAGAAAUAGCUGAGGUCGUUCAGUCAAGUGUUUUGCCCGAUAUGUUUAAAAGCACCUACCAGGCUAUCACACAGGGCAAUCCGAUGUGGAAUAAGUUAUCUGUUCCUUCAUCAAGUUUAUAUUCUUGGGAUCCUAACUCAACUUACAUUCACGAACCACCAUAUUUCAAGGACAUGACCAUGGACCCACCGGGUCCCCGCAAAGUGAAGGAUGCAUACUGCUUACUGAAUUUUGGCGACAGUAUCACCACUGACCAUAUUUCUCCAGCCGGUAGUAUCCAUAAGGACAGCCCUGCUGCAAAGUUCCUCCUUGAUCGUGGAGUUGACCGUAGGGAUUUUAACUCCUAUGGUAGCCGUCGUGGAAACGAUGAAGUUAUGGCCAGAGGAACGUUUGCCAAUAUCCGAAUCGUUAAUAAGUUGUUAAACGGGGAGGUGGGCCCAAAGACUAUUCACAUUCCCACGGGAGAGAAGCUUUCGGUGUUUGAUGCAGCAAUGAGGUACAAAGAGGCUGGACAGGAAACCAUUGUUUUGGCCGGAGCUGAAUAUGGAAGUGGCAGUUCCCGAGACUGGGCUGCCAAAGGCCCAAUGCUACAGGGAGUGAAGGCAGUGAUAGCCAAGAGUUUCGAGAGGAUACAUAGGAGUAACUUAGUUGGUAUGGGUAUUAUUCCACUUUGUUUCAAGGCUGGUGAAGAUGCAGAUACUCUAGGUUUGACUGGUCAUGAACGUUACACCAUUGACCUGCCAUCAAAAGCCAGUGACAUAAAGCCGGGGCAAGAUGUCACUGUGACAACUGACAAUGGUAAAUCCUUCACAUGUACAGUCCGAUUUGACACACAGGUAGAAUUGACAUACUUUGAUCAUGGAGGCAUCCUUCAAUACGUGAUCAGGAACCUGAUUAAAUAAAUGUCUCCCUCCAUGUUCAAGUUCCACAAUGCCAGCUGAUUGCGUCUCCCUUUUUAUUUGCGUUUUAGUGCUCUGAAUAAAAUCGGAAUUAUGUUUCCUUUCUGAUCUCUUGUUCUUGUGGAUAAUAUCAUCAUUUUAUAUUAGUUGAGUUAUAUUUAUACAGUUACUGAUGCUAUGGGUUCUGUAUUCAAGAUUUUGGUAGCAAUUAAAAAUUAAAAGGCAUGAUUUUUGAUUUCA